AUGAGCGUUUCCACAGAGUGCAGUUUCCAGCCAGUGUCUGACCGGGACCCUCACGCUGCUGAGUACUCCUCCAUGAUUAGCUUCGACAUGACUCAGCCAAGCAGCCCCCGGUCCCCUUCCAAACUGUUCAAGAAUCCAGAGGGAAAGGGAAUGUUGGAUCGCUUCACGAGUUUCUUUCAAAGGAAAAAGAGCGGCAAAAGGCAUCAGUCAGCCACCUCCACCAGUUUAAGUUCACCAAGUUCUCCCGUGUCUCCCCGUUUCCCCUCGUCUCCCUACGAAGAUGGACAAAAGAUUCCAACAGAUUCUCAAAAAAAUGGUGAGCUAACUGCGCCACAUGAUGCUGAAUCCAGAGCGGAGAUGGGCGAAACUCUGAGCCGCACCUCCAGUCCCAGCGCCUCCAGCGUGGUUUCUCUGAAGACGGAUGAUCGGGAUCUCCCGUUCGCAGACAGCAACAGCAGCGGCAGGAGCAGUGUGAGGGAAGUGCACGUUUGCAGGGUCAGCACAGCAGAAGAUGAAAAGAAUUCUGGGAAAGCUGCAACCGCCGCCGCAGAGCUUGAAUCUGCUGCUCAUCCAGAUGCUAGCUCCUACUCAGAUUUAGACUUGACAAAGUCGGUGGUGGAGGAAGUUAGUAAGAGGCUGCAGGUUAAUUUGGAUGAAAAUAUGCCUAGCUGUAGCGAGGAAAACAUUGUUACCCCAACAACCCCACUGUCUGUUAACUUUUCACUUUCCAAGACAGCUGAGACUCCGAAGUCUCCUAACUUGACCUCUAUAUGCUUAGCAUCAAAGAAAACUGAGGUAAAAGUUGGAGACAAGGGGCACAGCACUGUUUUAAAAGGAAUAACUUUAGGCUCUCGGUUCUCUACAUCACACAGCAUCACAACCCAGCAGGAAAUUAACCCUCCAGAAGUAGAAAGGCGAGGCUCGGGGUUCACGAUAUCCACUGCCGGCUUGUCCGAGAACAUCGCAGCAACUACUGGUACAUGGAGCUCUUCACCUGAGAGACAGCAAACACCCAGAGCAGAUUCUCCUGUCCAAGUCCACAAAGCCAUCUGGGUGGAAACAUACCUGGGAGACGAACAGGAGGGGGAGGGAAGACGACUGAAACAAGAAGAGGAGGGCAUAAGAGCAGACUCGCCUCCUCUGCUUGCUAUACCUGUUACUGUAAUACCUGAGGAUGAUUCAGUAACACAGGAAGAAAGCCCCUCUGCCCUGUCAGGGAGUUUGCUAACCAGUGGCAGCUUGCCAGCCUUGGCAGUGACUUCAGAGGAGUUCCAGACAAUUUCACCUCAGCCGGAAGAGCCCAACACUGGUACAGUCUCACCACCAGGUUCACUUCAGGAGAGAAGAACGCUCAGGGAAACUCGUGUGACACGCAACACUGUGAAUCUGCCUUCGAAGGACAAAGUUUUGGCCCAGAGGGUGUUUAUUAACCCUGAGCUGAGUUUGGAAGGAGGUGAGGAAUCCAUCGCAGAGUCCACUUCUGAGACCUCGAACCCAGCAGAGCUGAAACCGAUAACAAUCCUUCAAGACAACAAUGACGCAGAAAUCAAAGAUAUCAGCCUUGAACUAUCCACAACUACAGAAGAGACCUCACAGCUUGGUACAGACACUCCUGAACUUAUAGUUAAAGUAAAAACAGACUCUGAGGCCUCUGACUUUGGAGAUACUGCUGCUCCUUUAGACAUGAACAAAACAAAGUUGCAAGCUGUGGAAUUUGGAGUAAAAAGUCAAGGACCCACUAAACGAGGAGUUAAAGGAGCAACAGAAAGUCAGCAUACCACAGAAAGUGGAACAAAGCCCUCGUCCUCCGCAACUGGAGGUAGGGUCAGGAAUGUCACAAGAAAGGCAAAAGGGUUCACAGAGGUCACAAAAAUAGAAACUUCCACUGAUUGUCCACCACAAAGGGAGCUUACUUGUGACAAAACAUUUUCUGGAUUUCCAGUACUUAAAGAUCAAAGUGCCAGUAGUCCAAAUGCUACAGGUGCAAAGUCUAAAAUCCCCAAAAGGUCACCAUCAGAUACUGAUCCAAAAUCACCACUAACACCUGAUAAAAUGUCUUUCCCUGAUGUUUCAGGGUCAGCAGUUACUUCCAAACUGCAAAAACAACCCAGAUCCAAAGAACCUGUGAAACCUCCACCCAAACCCUCCAGGAAACCAAGUUUGGAGGAAGUUAAGGUUGGGAGGUCUGCGUCAGGAAUUGUUUCCCCCACAAAAAACAUCUACAAGACAGGAAUAAAACUUGUUAGAGAAAAGUCAAAUGAGAACUUUAAGUCUGGAAACCUUGUAAAUGGCAUAGUAAAGGAGCUCGAGCAGAAAAGUGUGCAAAGCGGACAACCACCCAACACUGAUGUGAAGAAACAGCAGCUGAACCAUCUGGAGAGCAAUGCUCUUUUUGCAUCAAAGAGUCGCCUACCUGUUUCAUCCCCAACAAAAAAGAAGAGCGAUGAAAUAAGUCAGACAAGUUGUAACACAACUAAAAAAGUUCUGUCCAGUCAGACAGACUUGGACAAGACUGAAACAGUCCAGAACCAAAGUCCAGAGCAGCAGGAAGCUGCUCCUGAUAAUGAGGGGCCUGAAAGCAAGACAACUCCACUUCCAGGAAGUCCUAAGAAAGGAGUAGGAAGCAUGGCAGCAUUUAAGUCAUCCAAACAGGCCCCUAAAAGAAGCAUUAGCCAUGAAGAGAGUGACACUUCGAGCUCAGUUAUCUCUCCCCCUCCCAUCAAAGAAAAACCUGUACUUUCGAGGUUAUACAAGCAAAAUGACACCACCAAACAACACAACAAAUGGCCUGUAAAGGAUUCACCUGAGGCCUCAUCAUCUGGGAGUAAGCUUCCCACAAGAGGUCAAAGAAGCUCCUACAAAGGAAAACCUAAAAAUCAUCAAGAAUCAACUAAAUCUGAGGACUCACAUCACAACACAUCUACAGAGACUUCUGUGAAAACUAAAGUUUAUGCUACAGCAGAUAAAAUUAAGAACAGUGACAACAGGUUCAAGAUCAAAUCUGCAGAGGAAUGCAUUAAAAUUACAGAUAAACAGACCAGUGUAUGUGAAACCAUGAAAGAAGAAAUAACCACAGAGGGAUUAGAGGCAAGCAUACAGAACACUACACCUGGAGAGAUUCCAGAAAUCCAAUCUCUCCAAAACAGUGAUGUAAACAUUACAGACAACGUUCAGGUAAACGUUUCAGCAGCGACAGCCUCAGUAACUGAAGUAAUGCAGAUCAGUGUUGAUGAUAAAGAAACAUCAUCUCAGUCACAUGUUACAGACAUAAAGAAUGCUGAGACCGAAGGAGAGGUGAAUGCCAAACACACAAAAUAUGAAAUUCAAUCAGCUCCUGAUAAAACACAGAGACAGGAAACAUUGAUAUCAUCAACAACUUCCCCUAGAAUAAAAUACAAAGGUAUAUCAGAGGAGCUAACAAGUAAUACAAUACUUGACUUAAACCAGGAAGAGAAAAACACUGAAUCUAUGGCAUUGGAAACAACUCACAAGGAUGUAACCAAUAUGUCUGCCAAACCUGGGUUGGAUGAUGGCAUUCUCUCUGACAUAACAACCUGUUCUGAUCAGAGAAGUGUUUCAAUUUGUACCAUUCCCUUCAAAGAUAUAAACACAGCAACUUCCUUUUCAGAAGCAAUUCUCCCAGCUAAAUUGACCCCAGAAGGCAAAUAUCCUGAACCAGAAGAUAUGCACUCACACAUCCUCCCUGCAGGAUUGAAUAUUGCUGCACCGGUCAAUUCAAAAUACUAUUUGAAGGAUCAAACCACAGACAAAAAUGACAGCAAAUUAAUGUUGGAUGCAACAAAAGAUUUAGACGUAGAGGAGCAAAGUAAAGAGGAGGUUGGCUGGAAACCAGCUGCAGCUUUGGACAUUGAAACAGAGACUGUAACUGUUUGUGAAUUUCCCAAGAACUUUGAAAAUCAGUCAGACAAAGAGACCCUUUUAAAAGACUCUGAGCGUAGGGAGAACAACUCAAAACUAGGCGAAACACUUAAUACUGCAGCAAUAGAAAGCACAGGCACACAUAAAAGUAGCAUAGAUGGGCUCAAAGACAGAGCUAUGGAGGGUGGAGAUGGAGGACUUGCAACUUCAGAGAAAUCAACUGGGCCAUCAUCUCUUGAAAAACUCUUCCAGUCUGAAACUACAGUGGAACAACAGGAAGUAGCUAAAAACAACUCGGAAGGAAAGAGGGCAGAGCAAGCAAAGAGUGAAAAACAUGAAACUGCAUUCAGUGUGACUGAUCCAGAACAGGAAACCAAACAACACUUAACCAAAGAAGAAGAAGAAAAAGUCAAGGAUAAUUACAGAGAAAUGGAAUUCAAAGAUGCUGCUGAAGUAAAAGAAAGAACAUCUCCAGAAAUAUCAGUCACUAACAAAAAAAUAUUUAGUGCUAAAUCCAAAGAGGACAAUAAAGAAAAAAAGAAGUUGACUACCAGAGACCAACGAAUAAACGAUAAAAUAACAGAACAAAGUGUUGAUAUGACAGCAGAGUCCAAAUGUCUAGAAGUUCACAUGGGAAAGAAACUUGAUCCAACACAAGAUCUAAAUGUUUUAAGUAUUGAAACUCAGAGGGCUGAAAGUAUACACAGUAACACAGAAACUAAUAAAUUAUCAAUGAAGUAUUUGGAGAGUAACACAACAGUUGUGAACAGUGAUAUUCAGACAGGAAUCCAGUCAGAGUUUGAGACUUUAAAUGUGCAUCAGCAUGUUGACACAGUAGAUCAAGACAGACAUGUGAAUUAUAUUUCAGAUCACAAAAAAGAGACCAUAAGAAGUGAAAAAGUAAAAAACAAGAAGACUGAAGGACUUGAUGCAACUUUUAAAGUAAAGUCUGUAAACUUUCAAACUGAAGGAAAUGAGGAAUCAGUCGAAGCCAUUGAGUCCUCAGAAGGUUUGAACACUGAACAUCCAGUUGCUAUCAGUGAGGACAGCAAGCAACAAGUCCAGAUGGCAACAACUGUUAGCGAUGAUGAAAAGUUAUCAACAUCCAAAUAUGCAAAAUUUGGAAUAAAUGAGAAAUCCACAACAAAAACUCUAAAGAAGGUAACGGAGAGUCAGUUUCAGGAGCUACAAAUUUCAACCACCACUGGUCAGGGUGCUGAAGGAGCUGAAGAUGACUCUAAAACAAAGGAUAUAUCAGCAGACAGUUUGGCGAAUGAGUCAACAACUGCAAACAGUGCAAGUGAACCAGGAACUGUUCAAGACCAAAAGUUUGUCAUUGUUAAAGAUCAAGAUUCAAACAUAAUAAAACCAGACAAAGAAAUGCUGACAGAAUCUGAAAUUCUGAAUCAAAAAUCAGAAGAAGGUUCAAAGAUUGUCAGUAGCGAAGUUCACAAACAGAAAUCAAAUAAGCAGUUAUUUGAGACAACUCAAGUUCCUAAUAAAGCAAGCACUUACAAUGAAGAGACUAAAGAGAAAAUGAAAAUCAAAGAUUCAUCUUUAGAACAUUUGGUGAAUGAGACAGCAGUUCCAGAUGAUAUUAAUAAGGUUUGCGGCCAAAAUGUUCAGAAACCCAGAACUACUGAAGAACAAGAUGUGGACAAAAUAAAGCCAAGCUUACAAGAUUUGGCAGAAUCUAUCCUUCCAAGUCAUAUAUCAGAACAAAAAUCACUGACCUCAGAUGAUGCAGUUCAAAAGAAGGCAACAGUGAGCCAUUGUGUGGAUUCCCCAGUUCCUAACGCUCUACAGUCCGACAGUGAAGGCACCAAAAAGAGAAGUGAACUUACUGAUUCAUCUUUAGAGAGUUUGUUGAAUGAAACAGCAAAAAUUGCUCAUAUUUGUAAGGGUACCAAUGAAGAGAUCCGCAAGUUCAAAACCGAUGACCACCAAGAAGCAGAGAUCGUGAAACCUGUUCAAGAAUCUACAACUUCAAAUACAGACGUAAAACUAAAUUUAGAAACUGUAGGAGUGGAAAAUCUAGAAGAAAAAAAAGGGAGUCAAACUCAAGAGAUUAAAAUUGCAGCCACUGUAAAUCAGGGGGCUGAACAAGUUAAAGACAUCUCUAAAACAAAAAAUGCAUCAGUGGAAAGUUUGGUAAAGGAGUCAGGAAUUGUUAAUCCAACUAGUGAACUUGAAAUUCAGCAAGACACAAAGCCCAUGAUUCCCAGAGAUCAAGAAAGGAACCUAACAAAACCAGAACAAAACAAAUCAGAAACUGUGAAAAUCGAUGUUCAAGAGAGGACAAAAGAAAGACACUGGGUGAAUGCACCUCAAGAUUUUAACUCUUCAUAUAUUAAUACUGAAGGCACAGAGGAAAAUACUCAAGUUGUGGAUUCUUCUUUAGAGAGUUUAAUGACUGAGAAAACAGGUUAUUUUAGUGAGGUAAUCAACCAACAGGUAAAUAAGUCCAAAACUUUAGAAGAACAAGAUGUGGUCACAAUUAAACCAAAUCAAGAAUCUAAAUCAGCUACUGACCUGACACAUAAACUGGAAACUGUGAGAAAAGAAUACCCAGAGGAAACAACAAAGAGCCCAAAUCAUGAGCAAAAAACUACUAUCACCAUAGGUCAGAGUGCUGAAGGAGCCAAUGACUACUCUAAAACAGGGAACACAUCGGGAGAGAGUUUGUUGACUGUGGUGACAAUAGCAAACACUUUUAGCGAUGUUGAAAUCAUUCAAAAUUCAAAGUCCAAACUUUCCAGAGACCAAGAUACAUACACUAUAAAAUUGGACCAAGACACAUCAGCAAAGUCUGAAUGUCAAAAUCAAACAUCAGAGCAAGAACUACAGGCUGAUGUUAAAGAGAAAACAACAAAGAUGCAGACUGUGGAUGGAAUUCAAAGCUUUAGCGCCAUAAGUACUUCCACUGAAGGUCCAAAAGAAAUACCUGAAGCCAGGGACUCAUCUAUCAUGUUUUUGGCUAAUGAGACAGGGGCCACAGAGCAGGUCCAGAGUUUCAAUACUACUGCAAACAUAACAAAACCAGACCAAAACAAUAUGGCAAAACCUAAAUACCCAAAUACGGACUUGAAAGAGAAACCAGAAACUGUAAGAACAGAAACUCCAAAAGAAACACUAAAGACCCAAAUUCAAGAACUACACAUUCGAGGUGCCACAGUUCAAAGUGUCGAGGAGGUUAAAGAGAACUCAGAAGUCAAAGACUCGUCAGUAGAAAAUUUGGUGAAUGAUGUAAUUCAAAAAUCUGAUAUUAACACCCAAAAAACCCAGAAAAUGUUAACUGUAAAAGAUAAUGUGGUUAUUGGAACUCUAGCAGGAGACACUGAUUUUAAAGCUCUUGCUGUCAAACAAGAAGAUGAGGCAAAGACUUUAGUAACAGACGUUCAAGAGAAGAAAACCAACAAUGCUGAAUUAGUCACUGCUAAUAUGACUGACAAGGAACAGACACCAAAAAGCCAGAUUAAAAUCGGAACUGAACUUGAAACUCAUGUGAUUGACAAGGAUCAGCUGUUAAAGGCGUCAAAGGUAGAUCUAAAGAAAAAGCCGGAAUCCAUUUCUGUACAAAACAUAUCACACACAAACAUUGUUGCAAACCAAAAAGAAACUCUCUCUCUCAAUUCAGAUGAAGUUUUCUUUAGCAGUAAUGCUCCGAAGUGUGAUAAAAACUUUAAAGAAUAUACACAAGAUCAUAAGCUAGCUUCAGUGACUUCUGCAGAUCAAGGUUUGAAACAAAUUCUACAAGAGACAAAAAAGAUACCAAUAUCUGACAAGAUUUUGUCUCUUUCUGUUCCAUUGAAACCAUCUUCUCAACCUCAAGGUUUUCCGUUAAACACGGAAUCUCCAUCUUCCUGGUUAGAUGUGGAGCACCAUCAGAAAAAAAAUAAGGAAAGUAAAAACAGAACAAAUGCAUCAACAAGCAAAGAGGAAUCUCUUGAGCCUGAUGACAUUAAUGAUUUCCUUAAGAUUGUUAAGAAAGGAGGAAUUCCUUUUUCAAUUCCGCCAAAGAAGCGUGUUCGCAAGAAGCCCCCGUGUCUACCUUUUGUCAUGCCAGCCAUCAAGGAGGACCAUUUUGAGCGGGCAUUUGAUCCAAAGGAAUUUCAAUUUGGCUUAAGAAAAAAUGGCAAAAAAAUGGAUCUUUCUCCAGCAAUGGUGAUUAAACAAAAAGCAGCGGCAAGGGAAGAGCAAAACCUGGAAAAACAUUCUCAAGAGAAUGGCACCUCAACAUACCAAAUAGAAACUGUUAAGGUAGACAAACAAAAUGUAGUCAAAGAGGAGAACCAAGCUGAAGCAGGAAGAGUAGAGGGACAAAACAAUGAGCCUGGAAAAAUUACAUCAAGACUUGAAAGGAUGACAAUUCUCUCUGGUUUGUUAAGCUCUCCUCGGACCUCCAGAAAGACAAGAGAGGGAGUUACCUCUGUCUCAAAUACUAAAGUAUCUUCUAACCUGCAGCAAGGCAUGCCCUCUCUUGGACAGGUGGGGCUUAUUGACUUACCUCUUCCUGCUGCCACAGCUGAUAACGGAGGUGUGACUGGUACAGAUCAAGGCUCAGUUAUGGGCGGUGAGACAGUCACAGUCAGUGAGUCAGCAAUUAGCCCCUCCUCUCCUCCUUCUUUGCCUACACUCUCAGAGACAAAGCUGCCUGAUCAUUUACAGAAAUACCUUACAAAGGACAAAGAAGAAGUAGAGAGACCUAAGGACUCUACACAAACUAAGCUAAAAUCUGCAGCUAUGGAACAAAAGUCAGUAAUGGAUAUUUCUCAUGUGGAUCUGACCGGAAAGGAACAGAAGUCAGUAACAGAUCUGUUUAUCAUGGAUGUGGCCCAAAAGGAACAUAAGUCAGCAACAGAUCGAUCCAUUGUGGAUAUGGCCCAAAAAGAACUGAAGUCAGUAGCAGAUCUAGCUAUUGUGGAUGUGGUCCAAAAGGAACAGAAGUCAGCAACAGAUCGAUCCAUUGUGGGUAUGGCCCAAAAAGAACUGAAGUCAGUAGCAGAUCUGUCUGCUGUGGAUGUGGCACAGAACAAAGCAAGAGGAUUGAAUUCAACCACAAACUACAGCCAGCAAGUCUCUCAAAAUGGACUUUCUACUUCCAAAACUAAGACGCCUGUUGUGAGAGGGUUCCACAAAAGACCUGGAAAGAUUGUCUUACAUGAACAUGCUCAAUUUGGCGGGGAGUCGUAUGAGAUUUACGGUGAUGUGGAGGAUUCCUCACAGAUGAAGCUGUCUCCUGUAAUAUCAGUCAAAGUCGUCCGAGGAUGCUGGCUUCUUUAUGAAAAGCCUGGCUUCCAGGGCCGUAUCAUCGCCCUCGAGGAAGGUCCAUCAGAGCAGAUAGUGAACAUUUGGGCAGAGGAGGGAACUCCAGAGACUGUGAAUGAGAUGGGUCAGCCCAUUCCUACAGCACCACUGGUCAUAGGUUCUCUUCGACUAGCAGUCAGAGAUUACAGCGUCCCCAGAAUUGACCUGUUUGCGGAGGUGAAUGGGAUGGGGAGGAUGUCAUCUUACUGUGAUGACACCAUAGAGCUAGACUCCUACGGGAUCCCACCGACCACAGGCUCCAUCAAAGUUCAAUCUGGAGUGUGGCUGGUGUUUUCUGAUCCAGGCUUUGAUGGAUUACUUGGAGUUCUGGAGGUUGGGGAGUAUCCCUGUCCAGAGAGCUGGGGUUUCCCUGAACCCUUCAUCGGCUCACUCAGGCCUCUCCGAAUGGGAGCCAUAAGGGUAGAGCAUCCAACUGACGUUAAGGCUCUUGUGUUUGAGAACCCCAACUUUGAAGGAGAGUGUUUGGAGCUGGACAACGACGUCUACAACUUGCUGGAGCAGGAAGAAAGAGGAACAGAUGUAAAGAAAACAACACUUUCCACAGUUGGCUCAAUGAAGAUCCUUGGCGGGCUCUGGGUGGGCUAUCAGGAAGCAGACUUUGAAGGCCAGCAGUACAUCCUGGAGGAAGGGGAGUAUCCUAACUGCAGUGAGUGGGGGGGCUCUGAGGAUGGGCUUCUAUCACUGAGACCUGUAGUCGGGGAUUUCCAGUCCCCCCACCUCAGACUGUUCAGCGAGCCAAACUUAAAUGAGCGGGGCAUCAAAGUUGAUUUGAUGGGUCAUGUUCUGAACAUGGAAGACGUCAACCACAGCUGCAAAACCCAGUCCGUUAAUGUCACGGGGGGAGUCUGGGUGGCAUUUGAACACCCUGGGUUCAGUGGAGAGCUCUAUGUUCUGGAGAGAGGCAUGUACUCGAACCCUGAGGACUGGGGAGCACAGAACUUCAAGAUCUCGUCCAUACAGCCUGUUCUCCAUGAUAUGCUGUCGGGAACAAGAAAGUUUAAGGCCCAGCUGUACUCUGAACCAGACUUUCAAGGAAAGGUGCUGGUCCUGGAAGACAGCGCUGCACUUCUGGAUCACGACUUCACUCCCAGAUCUUGCAAAGUUCUGGCCGGCAGCUGGGUGGCGUACGAGGGAGCCCAGUUUACAGAGAACAUGUACGUCCUCGAGGAAGGAUGGUACCCCAACACUGAGGCCAUGGGUCUCCUAUCGUCAGACUCCAACAUUCGAUCUGUGCAGAUUACCGGAUUUGAGUUCUCCCUGCCCUCCAUCACCUUGUUCAGUAAAGUGGGCUGCAGAGGUCGCAGGACUGUGUUGAAUGGAGGAGCUAUUAACCAGCUGAAGGCAGGAAUGAAUGCCCACAUCCGCUCCCUGGUGGUGGAUGGAGGGAUGUGGGUGUUGUAUGAAGGUAAUAACUACAGAGGUCGACAGCUACUUGUCCAACCAGGAGAAGUGGGUGAUAUGUGCAAAUAUAUCGGGUGGCAACAAAUAGGGUCCCUUCGUCCAUUAAUGCAGCAGAAACCGAUGUACUUCCGUCUGCACAACAAAGAGACGGGAUGUCUGAUCUCUUUGACGGGAACAAUAGACGACAUCAAACUGAUGAGGGUUCAGGCCGUGGAUGAGACGGGAGGAGAAGAGCAGAUCUGGCUCUAUCGGAACGGACUAAUCACCUGCAAGCUGUUGGAGGACUGUUUCCUGGAGACAGCAGGUGACGUGUUGAUGUCGGGAAGUCGACUGUGUGUCUCCCCCGAGCAAGGCAAAGAUAACCAGCUGUGGAGCAUCACCCAGGAGGGUCUGGUGCGCUGCUCCCUCAACCCUGACUUGAUCCUGGAAGUCAAAGGUGGUCAUCAGUUUGACAAGAACCAGGUGAUCCUCAACACGUUUGAUGAACACAAACUGAGUCAGAGGUGGACUUUGGAAAUCCUGUGAUCUGAGGACCAGCCCAAGCUACGAUACCUUGCGAUUCCCAUGAUGCACCUCUGUCAGGAGACUGAGCCCUUUGAUGCAGCUCCACUGAGGAGCUCACAUGAGAAAUGUGCUCUGCAAUGGACAUUUUUUUACUAGUUUACUCUUGCAGAGGAAUAUUUUAUAUAAUUUUCUUAAAAACAACUAAUGAAUAAUGUAAAAUGUUGCCUUUUAGUCACUUCAAUGUCAAACACUUCAUACCAAAGACUCUUGUUUUCUACAUAUAUUGAAAACUCUGCCCUGUUUCAUGCUGCAUACUUUCUUUACAAUACGGUACUUUUUAUGACAAGGUUCCACCGUCUGGUUUCUCUUUAUUACACCAAUCGGAAUGUAAAUAACACAAAUACAGGUGUAGCAGAAAGUUUGGCAGGUCUUAUUUUAGUAGAUCAAAAUGAUCUAUUGUAAAGUUUUGAUAUUUCGCCAAGCGUUGAAUUUUGACACAAACUGUGCUUUUCAUUCAGCUGUACAUAAGCCUUACAUGUACAGAUUGAUCUUAAAUUUUAAAAACACAACUGCAAUAACAAUGCUGCCCUCUACAGGUUGUAAAUAGUUGAGCAAAUGUUACUCUGACAAGAUAAUAAAAAGUAAUUUUCA